CAUAAUAUUAAGUAUUAGAUCCCGCUUCUUCUAAUCUCUCUCCCUCCUUCCCUCCCUCCUCUUUACUUCUUUAGGGUUUAUAUAGGGGUUUUCAGGUUGAAGUGGAUUUUAGACUUUUUAGUUCCUUUCCCAAUCCAUUGGUUUUUUCGCUCCAAUCCUUCCUCGGGUGUUUUCACUGAAUCCAGUUUGUCGCUUUGAAGGGUUUUCUUCGAGCAAAGUUGCCGUGGGUUUUACAAGCUUGUUGAUAAUUUUGAUAUUUCUGGGUUGGUUUCUCUCUCUCUUUUUCUUUUUUCUUGGUGAGACAGUCUCUUCAUGUGUAGUGGGGUUUCUUGGAAGUGGUAGUUUUGUAAGUCUGAAAAGGGCUUUGUUUCCAAAGGGUUGCUUGAUUUGAUCAUUUAGCUUUUUCCUACUUACUUUUCAGUCAAAUCUACUUGCUUUAGAAAGCAUCCAAUAUAGGUUUAAAUUAGUUUUCCUUCUUUGGUAAAGUUCCAUUGCCCCUCCCCCAAUUCUCUUGCUUUCCUCUCUUAAACCAUUUCCAUUUCCACAAGUUCUAACUGUCAAAACAUAAAUAAAUCAAUGGCUCCCUCUGGAAGAACAAGAGCAAGCAGGCCUAAGACAGCAAGAAAGGCAAGAAGAACCAUUUUCAAGAAGCCAGUAGUUGUCAAGCCAAAGCAAAAGAUUCAAAAGACGCCUCCUCCUCCGAAUUCACCUUCCAAGUCCUCCUCCUUGAUCUCCGGUGGCCUUCCGCAGACCGAAAGCAUAGAUUUCGAGGCUGUUGUUCAUCAUGAUGUCUCUGAAACUUCUAGCCCUUGCUCCACACCAAAAGCUCAGAGAUAUCGGAUACCCCAGAUUGUGUCAUGUCCUCCAGCACCCAAGAAGCAAAGAGUGAAUUCAAAUUGCUUGUUUCGGAGAUCUCCAAUCGCCUUCUUCGCUCCACCGGAUUUGGAGCUCUUCUUCUACUUCGCAAAUCGCGGUAUUUCAGUUUAAACUUAAGAGAUGGAUAGUUAAGAGGUGUUUUAGUUUAGUUUGUCCUUUUUCUUUCAUUUAUGUAUUUGAAGAUAGUGUGGCUGUGGGAUGAGAUUUUGAGUGGGGUGGUCUGAGCAGAAAAAAGCAAUUAUUGGGUUUGCUUUUUUCUUUGGCCAAUUAUCUAAGUUGGAUUUUGAAUUUCUAGCUAGGGUAUAGUAUACUAAUCAGUAAUCAAAUUAGCUGGGGCUGUCCAACUAAUUAGGACUUAGCCUUUCAAAUUAAUGUAUUACUGACCUUUGGGGUUUGGUGAGUGCAAUGUAAUAUUUGGGUGGGUUUUUUUAGUGUUGUUUUUAGCUAGCUUGGAGUCAAUCAAUCAUCAGCUUUGGUUUGUUAAUUUUAAGUCAACUUAAGAGAAGAAUGGACUUCUAUUGUCUGUAAACUCUUCCUCUUUAUUGAAUAUAUAUUUUAAGUUUAUGACUUGUGUGUUA